UUUACAAGACGCGAGAGUUCGAAGUUCCUCUAGCCAAAUAACCAGCCCUGAAUAAACUGACCAAGGAGGAAAGCAAAUUAUUGCUGUAAUCAUUCCUUUUUUUUGCAAAUACUCUAUUGAAUAAUGGCCAGUGUAGCGCUCAUAUUACGGGGUUGUCGUCAUGCUCCUAAGUUUUCUGCCAAGCAGUUCGCUUCAAUUUCUGUGCGAUCCCAAUCUUCAGCUGCAUCGAGUCUGAAAGAUGUCAUGAAGAGUAUUGUUCCUGAGAAACAAAAAGAAGUUGCAGAGUUUCGGAAGGAAUAUGCAGAUAAAGUUAUUGGACAAUACACUGUAGAUCAGGUCUAUGGAGGUAUGCGUGGAAUAAUAGGGCUGGUCACUGAAACAUCAUUGUUGGAUCCUGAAGAGGGAAUUCGUUUUAGGGGAUACUCGAUUCCUGAAUGCCAAAAGCUUUUGCCAACAGCUGAAGGUGGUGAGCAGAUAUUGCCCGAGGCCAUGUUUUGGUUGUUGAUUACUGGAGAAGUACCAACUGCUGAACAGGCGAAAUCAUUAUCUCAAGAAUGGGCUGCUCGUGCUGACCUUCCACCUCACGUUGUUCAAUUGUUAAACGACUUUCCCAGUGAACUUCAUCCCAUGAGUCAGUUGAGCGCAGCAGUCACAGCGAUGAACAGCGAGAGUCAUUUUGCUAAAGGAUACAGCAACGGAAUUAAGAAAAGCGAGUUUUGGGAGUAUGCAUUCGAGGACGCCAUGGAUUUGAUUGCAAAACUGCCAACAGUAGCUGCUGUAAUAUAUCGCAAUGUUUAUCGAGAUGGCAAAGUUGCUCCUAUAGAUCCACAACAAGAUUGGUCGAAAAAUCUUGCAACAAUGCUUGGGUUUGACAGUCCCAACUUUGCAGAGAUGUUGCGUAUGUACCUGGCUAUCCAUGUUGAUCAUGAAGGUGGUAAUGUGAGCGCUCAUUGUACACAUCUAGUUGGUAGUGCUCUAUCUGAUCCCUAUCUGUGCUUUGCUGCUGGAAUGAAUGGACUGGCUGGACCUCUACAUGGCCUUGCUAAUCAGGAAGUAUUGAUUUGGCUGACUAAGUUGGUGGAAAGUCUAGGCCAAGAUCCCACUGCGGAAGAAGUAAAAGAAUAUUGCCUUGAAUCUCUCAAAACUGCUGUCAUCCCUGGCUUUGGACAUGCUGUUCUUCGCAAGACCGAUCCACGAUACACAUGUCAGCGGGAGUUUUGUCUUAAAUACAUGCCGGAUGAUCCGCUGUUCAAGGUGGUCAGUAAACUCUACGAUAUCGUACCCGAUGUUCUUCUUCAGCAAGGAAAAGCAAAAAAUCCUUGGCCCAAUGUGGAUGCACAUAGUGGAGUUCUUCUAACGCACUAUGGCUUAACAGAAAUGAAUUACUACACUGUUCUAUUCGGCGUUUCCCGUGCCAUCGGUGUGAUGGCAUCCCUUGUGUGGGACAGAGCAUUCGGUUUACCAAUUGAAAGACCCAAGAGUAUAACUACGGAAGCUUUAAAAGAGAUGACCAACAGAAAAUAGACUGCCUAAGAAAAUAAAUCUUUUUCAAAACUGGAACACAAUAAAAAAGUCAAGCUGAGGGGUACUUAACAAAAGACGUAACAUGCUAACAAAACAUGGUUUUCGACUGGCAUAAAUUAAUAGUCGUCUGAAUGGAAUAUCGCUAUCUAGGCAAAAUAUACAUAUUAUAGAGAGGUUAUACCAUGUAACUUCACCCCAGUUACACUAUGCUCGUUGAGAUUUUAAUGGCUGAAAAGAAUAAGAAAUAGAAAUACAGAGAUCCUCAAUCCU